CGCCUCCGCCUCCGCCUCCGCCUCUUCCUCAAUCGGAAUCCCGUCCAGCAGGGAGGCGCUGGCGGUUGCGCUCAAAUGCACUCGGCCUAGCUAGCCAAACUUCUCCUGCACCCAGAGAAACUAGAUCGGAUGGCGAGGAAGAGGAAGCGGCGGGGCGACGCCGCCGCCACGGAGGCGCCGGUGGAGGUGGCCCAGCAGGAGGCUCCCGCGGCUGCUGCUGAUUCAGCCGCGGCUGCGAAGACUGGGCGUCCGCGGGGAGGCGACGCCGCGGCCGAGCAGGAGGCGUCCGCCGCCGUGCACGCGCCCGGUCCUGCUGAUUCAGGGAAGGAGACAACGGACGGGGAGGGAAAGAAGCCUAAGCGCAGGAAGAAGAAGAAGAAGAAUAAUAUGCAGCAUCCGUCCCCUUCUGCUGUCUCUGAUGACAAUGCUGUUGAGCUUGACAAAUCCAGAACUGACUGUAAAGAUGUACCAGGAGAUGACGAAACUAUUAGGAGUCCCAGAAAUGAAGAGGAUCCAGGCUUUUCUGCUGAGCAGGAUAUACCGGAGAGGAAGAAGCCUAGGCGCAAGAAACGGAAGAAUAACAAGCAGGAGCAAUCCCCUUCUGCUGUAACAGAUGGCGACACAAUUGUGGUUGGUACGUCUGGAAAUGACUGCACACAUGGGAAAGGUGUUCCAGGAGUUGCUGACGUUAGUAUGAGUUCCAGAAAUGGAGAGGAUCAAGACUGUCCUGAGGUAAACAUUGGAGAGAAAGGGGCGCCAGAGAGGAAGAAGCCUAAGCGCAGGCAGAAGAAGAAGAAUAUGCAGCAACCAUCCCCUUCUGCUUUCUCUAAUGGCAAUGCUGUUGAGCUUGACAAAUCCAGAACUGACUGUAAAGAUGUUGAAGAUGUACCAGGAGAUGACGAAACUAUUAGGAGUCCCAGAAAUGAAGAGGAUCCAGGCUUUUCUGCUGAGCGGGAUAUACCGGAGAGGAAGAAGCCUAGGCGCAAGAAAUGGAAGAAUAACAAGCAGGAGCAAUCCCCUUCUGCUGUAACAGAUGGCGACGCAAUAGUGGUUGGUACAUCUGGAAAUGACUGCACACAUGGGAACGGUGUUCCAAGAGUUGCUGACGUUACUAUGAGUUCCGGAAAUGGGGAGGAUCAAGACUGUCCUGAGGUAAACAUUGCAGAGAAGGAGACACCAGGGAGGAAGAAGCCUAAGCUCAAGAAACGGAAGGAGAAUAAGGAGCGAUCCACUGCCACUGUGUCUGAUGAUGGUGCCGUUCUGUUACACAAAUCUGAAAAUGACUGCCUUGAUGGGGAUGAUGCUUCAGGAGAUGCUCAAGUUAGUGUGAGCACCACAAAUGUAGAAGAUCCAUACUGUCCCGAGGUCAACAUUGCAGAGAAGGGAACAAAUGAGAGGAAAAAGCCUAAGCCCAAGAAACGGAAGGAGAUUAAGGAGCGAUCCACUGCCACUGUGUCUGAUGAUGGUGCUGUUCUGUUACACAAAUCUGAAAAUGACUGCAUUGAUGGGGAUGAUGCUUCAGGAGAUGCUCAAGUUAGUGUGAGCACCACAAAUGUAGAAGAUCCAUACUGUCCCGAGGUCAACAUUGCAGAGAAGGGAACAAAUGAGAGGAAAAAGCCUAAGCCCAAGAAACGGAAGAAUAAAAAGGAAGGUUCCUCUUCUGUUAUACUGGAUGCUGGUGCUGUUGUAGCAGAUGAAUCUAGAAAUAGCUGUAAGGAUGGGGAUUGUGCACCACGAGACAUUGAAGCUAGUAUUUCCCCCCAAAUGGAGAGGAUUCAGUGUGUCCUGCGGUAA